UCUCUUGUAGCCCCGCCCCCUCCUGGUCUCAUAUACACAAGGCUCAGUCCCAGCAUCCUGAGAUCACAGUGACAGCACACUGCCCCCUGAUAAGGACCAGCUGAACGUGUAGAAGAAGAGCCACCCACAAACCCAAGAUGAGUGCGGCACAGGAGCAUGUGCACCUGAGCAGGUCGGAGGUGUGCGGUAUAAUGAGGGAAGAGCUGUACAGCGAAGAGGAUUUCCAUCAGACACAGACCCACAUCUUCAUUGUGGUUGGUGCUUCGGGUGAUUUAGCCAAGAAGAAGAUCUAUCCAACCCUAUGGUGGCUGUAUAAUGAUGGACUGCUCCCAGAGGAUACCUAUAUUGUGGGUUUUGCCCGUUCAAAACUCAAUGUACAGGACAUCAGGAAACAGAGUGAAUCGUACUUUAAGGCCACAGCAAGUGAUGCACAGAAAUUGGACUCCUUCUUUAAGAGGAAUUCCUAUGUAUCUGGACAGUACUCGGAUGAAGCUUCUUUCAAAGCACUUAACCAGCAUUUGCAGUCACUGCCUAAUGGGAGCAAAGCUAACCGCUUAUUCUAUUUGGCAGUACCACCCAGCGUGUAUCAUGACGUCACUCGGAACAUCAAGUUAACCUGCAUGAGUGCAAUUGGCUGGAAUCGGGUGAUUGUGGAGAAACCCUUUGGGAAGGAUUUGGAAAGUUCAAACACGUUAUCUGAGCAUAUCUCUUCACUCUACCAGGAGAACCAGAUUUAUCGUAUUGACCAUUAUUUGGGCAAGGAGAUGGUACAGAACUUCAUGGUGCUCAGAUUUGCCAACCGGAUAUUUGGGCCGCUAUGGAACCGGGAUCACAUCGCUUCAGUGGUGUUGACCUUCAAGGAACCAUUUGGCACUCAGGGUCGUGGAGGAUACUUUGAUGAAUUUGGAAUUAUCAGAGAUGUGAUGCAGAAUCACUUGCUGCAAAUGAUGUGCUUGGUAGCCAUGGAGAAACCGGUGUCUACCAGCUCUGAUGAUGUGCGAGAUGAGAAGGUGAAAGUACUGAAGUGUGUUCCUGAGCUGACCCUUCCCAAUAUUGUUUUGGGACAAUACGUUGGAAAUCCGGAAGGAAAAGGUGAAGAGCAAAAGGGCUAUCUGGACGAUCCCACAGUACCUAAAGGAUCUUCCACCCCAACAUUUGCCACUGCUGUGCUGUAUAUACAGAAUGAACGAUGGGAUGGUGUCCCGUUCAUCAUGCGCUGUGGGAAGGCUCUGAAUGAGAGGAAGGCCGAGGUGAGGCUGCAGUUCCGAGAUGUUCCAGGUGACAUUUUCCAGGGACAGUCUAAGAGGAAUGAGCUGGUGAUAAGAGUGCAGCCCAAUGAAGCCGUUUACACCAAGAUGAUGACCAAGAAGCCAGGGAUGUUCUUUAAUCCUGAGGAGUCCGAGUUGGACCUUACAUAUGGGAAUAGAUACAAGGAUGUGAAGUUGCCAGAUGCUUAUGAGAGACUAAUCCUGGAUGUGUUCUGUGGGAGUCAGAUGCACUUUGUGCGCAGUGAUGAGCUGCGGGAAGCCUGGAGAAUCUUUACUCCUAUUCUGCACAAAUUGGAGCAAGAAAAGAUCAAACCCCUGCCUUACAAAUAUGGGAGCCGGGGCCCUGCAGAGAGUGACGUGUUAAUGCAGAACGCUGGCUUCCGGUAUGAAGGAACAUACAAAUGGGUGAAUCCAAACAAACUGUGACCACCUCCCUGAAGACUUCAGAGCCUGAAACAAUCUGAAGACUUGCCGUCACAAUAGACCACAACCUCAGAAAUCCCAGGGGACCAAAGCACAACUUCUCCUGCGCUGACGUCUCGGCUUACACCCACUCUUCAUACAUUGCGAAAUGUCACUAUUCAGCGAUACAAAGUAGCUGUGCUUUAACAAGUUUACAUUUCAUCAGUGUCGCAAUUUCUUCUCCUAAAUUGUAUGCAUAGACAAUUUAUUUUCUAUUUUUUUUUUUUUGAUAGAGGAAAGCUUAGAACCCCCCUUUCCAAGUUUUCAUUGCUGUUUGUAUCUCUGCAGCAUUGAUUCACAUUGACCAUUGUCA